ACAUAUGCACGUGUGGCGAUUCGUAAUUCAUUCAUUGUAUUAUUAAAAUCACAACUAGAACGUUAAAAAUUGUUAUAAAUUAAAAGUUUUCAAUUCUGUAAUUAAACGCGAUGUCUGCUAAUAUAGAAAUUAUUAUUGGCACUUACGAAGAGUUUCUAUUGGGUUACAAAUUCGACAUAAAAAAUGAGAAACCAACCUUAACCCAAUCAUUUGCUGAUAAAUCCCACUCCGGUUCAAUAAGAAGUGUGGCUGUACAUGAACGUUGGGUGGCCAGUGGUGGCUCAGACGACCGUAUUUUUAUUUACGAUAUGAGUACCAGAAAGCAGUCACAGAUUUUAUUGUCUCACCAAGGCACAAUAAAUGCUCUAGCCUUCACUCCCGAUGGUACACAUUUGUUAACAGGAGGCGAUGAUGGACGCAUGAUUGCUACACGUUUAAAAACAUGGUUUACCGAUGCAACAUGGAAAAAGGCACACAAUGGUUCACCUGUUACCCAUAUUAGCUGCCAUCCUAGUGGCAAGAUGGCAUUAUCGCUAGGCUCAGACUUGGUCUUACGAACAUGGAAUUUAGUGAAAGGUCGCGUGGCAUAUAAGACAAAUUUGAAAAGUCGUAACACUUUAGGCUUUCUACCCGAUUGUUUGGCUUGGUCACCUACGGGUGAUUAUUUCACUAUAACUGGACAACGUGUUGUGGAAUUUUGGUCAAUAAAAAACGCAGAUGUUGUACGUUCACACAAGACUAAAUCGAAGCCUGUGUGCCUGAAGUGGGUAACAAAUGACGCAUGUCUUGUAGGUUUGGAAGAUGGUAAAAUAUUGUGGCUUUCGACAGACAGUGAAGAAGAAAAGGAAAUAGUUGCCCAUAAUGCUAGAGUUAAAGCGAUGAGUAUUUUUAAGAAGAAUUUAGUCAGUGCAUCAAGUUCCGGUGAAAUUAAACUAUGGCAAAUAAUCGAAAAUAAGCAAAAACUAAAAGAAAUUGCCACAACAAAUAUCGGCUGUCGUCCCACCUGUAUAAGUAUAUUAGAUUUGGAACAAUUCGGAGCUAAUUACGUAAUAAGCAGUACAAUAGGAGCAAAAGAAGUCGAAAUAAAACCAACUACCUCCAAGGCUAAAGCGCCUCAACGAGGAGUAGUUACAAUUGAAUAUGAAAAUGGCGAAGAAGACAGCGAUGAAGACGAUGAUAGUGACAAUGGAGAAGGUGAGGAUACUGAAAAUGAGGCAGAUAGUGUAGCAGAAGAAGAUGAUGAUGCAGAUACCAAAGAUGACGGUAUAGAAGAUGAUGAUGAUGAGGAGGAUGAUGAAGAUAGCGAUGAGGAUAGCGAUGAUAGUAAUCCUGAACCAGAAAUACGUUUACCGAAAUCACGUAAACAUAAAUUACAAAUUGUCAAGCGGAAAGAUGAUGAAAAGAAAAAGCAGAAACUGGACAACAGCAAAAAUAAACAACAAUUCAAUAAGAAACAACAACCGAAGCAGUCACAGCUAAAUAAAAGCAAGCAAAAAUUUAAAAAAUAAAUUUAAUUGUGUAUGCUUAGCUUUUACAUUAAAAUGUUAAUGGUUUCCUAUUAAGUGUUUUUUUUUAAUAAUUCAACUUUGUGCUGCAUUAAAUAAAAUAUAGAAAAAGUUUACAUAAAAGGUUAA